ACUGCUGUUCAACAAUACCAGGUAACGUAAGAAAUUGGUGGAAUGAGAAAUUUUCCAAAUUUUUUAAAUCCAACUCUCCCGUUCGACCACAACGACCUCCUUUCGCCAGUCGAGAACUCAUGAAAGAUCCAUCAUAUCGUGCGAAAACAAUGAGAGAUCUUCAUCGACGAAUUUCAGCAGCUGUCCAUGAUUAUCAUCAAAAAACACCUUUUGAAAUGAAAACGACAUGGGAGAGUUAUUUUGGUGUUACGGAAUUAACCCUAUCACCAACUUUAGAGAUAGAUGAAUCUCAAUUGGAGGAAAAUUCAACAAUUAAUUCUUUAAUCGAUAAAUAUCAAGAAACAGACAACGAAAUUUCAAAUUCAUUGAUAAAAUCGAUUAAAAUUCAAGAAGAUAGUAGUUCAUUAGUGAAACAAAUUUUGAAGGAUAUUAAGGUACUGAGAGCCAUAUUACGCGAACCUGAUGAAAAUUUAUCAGACAUGUAA